UUCUUCCACUUCCGAAUCAUCAUCACCAUCAUCACCACUUCACUUAGAACAAAUAAAAAUGGCUGUCUCUAUUUCUGCUUCUAUAUCUAUACCUGUUCACAUUUCCAAUAUUACCCCUCUAAUCACCCUCUAUUUACUCCUCCACACCACCCUCAUCUCCGCCGUCAACAUCACCCACCUCCUCUCCCCAUUCCCAGAUCUCUCCGACUUCUCCGACCUCCUCACCACCACCACCGUCGCCACCGACCUCUCCGCCCGUACUUCCCUCACCCUCCUCGCCGUCCCCAACCCCAUCCUCCGCUCAUCCGACCUCCUCCGCCGUAACCCACCCUCCUCCUCCAUCGCUGACGUCAUCCGCUACCACAUCCUCUUACAAUACCUCUCCCCUUCCGACCUCCACCGCUUCCCCGCCUCCGGCAAACUCAUCACCACCCUCUUCCAAACCACCGGCCGCGCCACCAACGAUUUCGGCUACGUCAACGUCACAUUCAACAGUCAAACAAACACCACCGUUGUCAGAUCUCCGGCGGCCUACUCCCAACAACCCAACUCCGCCACCGUCAUUUCCAACAUCAAAACCCUACCGUACAACGUCAGCAUCUACACCGUCAAUUCGUUAAUCGUACCCUACGGUUUCGAUCUGUUAGCAUCGGAGACACGCCCGCCGUUAGGGUUAAACAUAAGUAAAGCGUUAAUCGACGGUCAUAACUUCAAUGUGGUUGCAUCGAUUCUAGCUGCAUCUGGUGUUGUUCAAGAAUUCGAAUCUGACGAAGGUGGUGCCGGAAUUACGUUGUUUGUUCCGACGGAUGACGCGUUUGCCGAUCUGCCGGUGACGGCGAACUUUCAGUCGUUACCGGCGGAUAAAAAAGCUGACGUGUUACGGUUUCAUGUCUUGCAUUCUUAUUACCCGCUCGGGUCGCUCCAGUCGAUUGUCAACCCGGUUCAACCGACACUAGCGACCGAGGAUAAAGGGGCCGGGAGUUUUACAUUAAACAUAUCUCGGGUUAACGGGUCGGUUGCUAUAAACACCGGCAUUGUCCAAGCAUCCGUUACACAAACUGUUUUCGAUCAGAAUCCGGUUGCCAUAUUCGGGAUUUCGAGGGUUUUGUUGCCCAAGGAGAUAUUCGGGAAGAAUGCGAUUGUUGAAGACGCGCCUCCGGUUGAUAGGGCGCCUUCGCCGGUAGAUUUCGGGCCCGGGUUGUUCGGGCCGUCAUCGCCGCCUGGGUCGAGGGAGGAAUUGAGCUCGAAUGGGAUGGUAUGGAGUGUUGAGUUGGGUGUUUUGUGUAUAGGAUUGUUGUUGUAUGUAUUUGUAUGAGUUUAAGGGAUUUUGUUUUGUGUUAUAGACUAAUUGCUAUAUAAAUUCUUGAUGGAAAAAAAGGUUUGCAGGAACAUAAGUAUUACUAUUUACCCUC